GGCUUCGACGUCCCCCGUCCCGCCCGCGCAAUCCUCACCUUCUACGGCGCAGUCCACUUCGCCCACCCCUUCUGGACCCAGCCUCUCCCGCACGUCCGGGCAAAGCUCCCCCCGCUGGACGAGUCCUUCAUCAACAGAGUCUACGAGCAGACACCCGUGCCCACCAGCAGCGCCGUCAGUCUGGAGGGGCAGUCCGAGGCAGGGCUAUCCAAGGGUCCGGACUUCAGCCGGCCGCGGGAUGCGUUUGCGUUCACGCAGAUUGCCGAUGGGAGGGUGCUUGAGGCGUGCUAUCCCGGCCAUGGCGGGGAUUUCGGGGCGAUUGAUCCGGUGGAGAAUGUUAGGGAGGGAUUCCCGCCGACGUGGAUUGUGCAUGGUGCGGCGGAUCGGAUGGUUCCGAUUGAGGUUAGUCGGGUGUUGUUGGAGAGGCUGAGGGAGAAAGGGGUGGAGUGUGGGAUGACGGAGGUGCCAGGGGAGGAUCAUACGUUUGCGAUGGGGAUGCAGGUGGGUUCGAGGACUUGGGAGCUGCAGAGGGAAGGGUUUGAUUUUUUGGAGAGGGUGAUUGCGAGGGAUCUGUAG